AUGGCGUUGAGUGGAAUGUUUGGAAGAGAUGGACCAGGUCCUUUAUGGGGCGGCGGGCCCACUCCAGGCCUGUUUUACAAUUUCCCUGGUAGCAGAAAUACAUCAGGGAUGGAAGCAAAACAAGUCACUCAGUCCCCAGUUGUAACAGGAAGUUCAGUCUUGGGACUACAAUUCAAAGGAGGGGUUAUCAUCGCUGCAGAUAUGCUUGGCUCAUACGGUUCCUUGGCUCGGUACAGGAACUGCCCUAGACUUUUGAAGGUCAAUGAUACAACAGUCAUUGGAGCAGCAGGAGACUAUGCAGAUUUUCAGCAUUUGUCCAGUGCCAUUGAACAGAGAGUAAUCGACGAAGAGUGCAUGAAUGAUGGAUUUGCCUACACACCAACAAGUCUGCACUGCUGGCUGACACGUGUGCUAUACAACAGGAGGUGCCAGUUCAACCCCUUCUGGAAUACUUACAUUGUGGCUGGACUUGAGAAUGAUCAGCCGUAUCUUGGCUACGUAGACAAAAUUGGCAUGGCGUACGAGGCUCCAAGUUUGGCCUGUGGGUUCGGAGCAUACCUGGCACUGCCAAUUAUCCGAGACACCAUGGACAAGAAAGGAGAACUGACGAAAGAAGAGGCUGUCGAUUUGAUAGAUCGAUGUAUGAAGUUACUCUACUACAGGGAUGCUAGGUCGCUAAAUAAGUACCAGCUGGCAAUCAUCACAAAGGAUGGAGUAGACCUGAGAGGACCAAUAGUCUCAGAAACAAACUGGGAGAUAGCUCACAUGAUUAAGGGCUAUGAAUAA